CUUACACUAAUAUUUGUUUUCUUUCAUUGAUGGGCAAUGAAACCUUAUGCUGCUUGCAACAUUUAUCUGCAGAGGUUUAACCAGUAUUCAAAAAGGUUCAGGAAACAAACCUUGUUGCGCAAUGUCAGUGAAUUUGCAGAGCACCUAUUUCAGAGCUGGCAGUCUGACAGUGAUGAGGAUGAUCAAUCUUCAAGUCCAGGACAUUCAUGGUUCAGACCUCAUUUCAGGGAUGACAGAUUCAAAAGAGGCAAUUCGAGAAAUAGAGGACCACGAGCCUGGAGAAGACAUUUUGAGUUCGCCGAAGAUGAGGAUGUUGAAUUUGAGACCUUUUUUCGUUCUACAUUCGGUGGAAACCAAUACUUCUAUUGGUCUCAAGAACCAGGAUACAGGAACUCAUCUAGCUACUCUAGUUACUAUAGGUCUUCUAGCGAUUGGAGGCAUCGGUUUCACGAGGAAUACGAUUCUGAUUCCUCUACAGAGUCCGAGAGAUCAGAGGCAAAUAUGACUUCUGAUAGGCUGGCACUCGGGUUGAAUGCAUCGGGUCCUUUAAACCUGGAUGAUGUUAAAAAUGCAUAUCGAGCGUGUGCACUAAAAUGGCAUCCAGAUCGCCACCAGGGUUCUUCCAAGGUUGUUGCAGAAGAAAAAUUCAAGAUCUGCAGUGCGGCAUAUCAAUCUUUAUGCGAUAAGUUCGCUCUAAAUUAGGGGUUGACUGGAGCACAUUGAUAUGAACCCUAUAUCCUAUGUCACCUUUCAGAUUCAAUUUAAUCCUAUGCACAAUUCUAUCUAGGAUUUUGUUAUAGGAAGUAUCACGAAUAACAAUUACCUGUGAUGGCAAAACCAUCUUAUUAUCAUCAUAUCAUAUUUACUAAUAUUUAGUGCUAUUAUAUCUUUCUAAUGAAUAA